AAACAAACGGGACGGAACAAAAUUGAAGGUGGAAACUUGGCGGAACUACGCGGUUUUAUUGGCUGCGAUUAAAGAUUUGCUGGUGAAAUUGCAUUCUAAUAACUUUUAACAACAUGAGUGAGAAGCCAAAACGGACGGGAAACAUUCUUUCGAACGUUAGCCCGCCGUCUGAUCUACCAAGCUUCGUGACGGGAAACGUGGCAGCUGGCGGAGCGGAAGUCGCGGUGACUCCUCAAGCGAUCAGGCCCCCGAUCGCGGAUGAUGGCAACACAAAGAAAGACGAAACGGAACCGUUCAUACCGACUACGUUCAGCCCGGCCAUUCCACCCAGCAAGGAUACCUCACAGUCGAUACCCGCCGGGCCACCAACAGCUGGUCCCGUUGAGGAGGAGUCUUCGUGUCCGGAACCAACACACCAAUUUGCGGGCAUGAUUCUGAACCCGGAACCGGUGGCUGCAGCGUUGAGUCCGAUCACGCAAGGUGGUUCGGCACUGUUUGGAUGGAUGAAAGGGGCCGUAUCGAGCGGAGGCAUCCUACAGAAGGUGGCAGAAAAGGCGAAGAAUUCGGUGGACACGAUAGUUACCACGCUUGACCCACAGAUGAGGGAGUACAUAAAUUCCGGUGGCGAUACCGAGGUGAUUGUGGCCUCUGACAAGGACGAUAAAGUGCGCCCUAUACGCGAAGCAUUUCAGACCGUUUUUGGCAAAGCUACCGUAAUCGGUUUGCCAGCACAGGCACCAGGUAUUGCGGCGCAGCCGGUUGGUUUUGCCGCUGGUCUCAAGGGAGCAGAACAUCGUAUCAACAGCAUACGGGCAGAGAAUCCUCGCGUCGAUGAUCACUUACCGGUUGUGGCGGUAGAGAACUUUCUCGUGGAAAUCUUCCCAGACCAAUGGUUCGACGCUGGCGUGAUACUACUAUUUGACUAUGCGAAGAGCAUUCUGCUGAAAACCGUGACCCAGAUGACACCGAUUCCACAGCCGGUUGUGGCGGCACUGCAAGCCGACACCACGGACGACUAUCUGCUCAAAGAUACAGGGUUUGCUAGCACCGUCGGCAGCAUUAUGGCAAGAAAUCUGAACACACCGCACACCGAGUGGCAUCGUACGUAUACCUCGGUAUCCCGACCGGAGAUGAUACUGGCGGCCGCCAAAGUGAUAGCGACGCUCUACAAACAGGCAACGCUCGAUUACUACAAUCAGCUGGAGCAGCAGAAAAAGGAUGAGAUGGCAGUGGAGGCAUCGUCGACCGACUCUCUUCCAGCGACUGUCCCAACGGCCAGCUUAAUGCCUGACCCGGCGAAAUAGGAAUUAAUGUCUUCCGUCGUUAAGGUUUGCCACUGUAAUCACUACUAAACGGACGAUUUGGCCCUUUCUGGAUGAAUGGAGGCUUCGAGCGCGAAGAUGGGACCAGAAGAUUCGUACGUUGGAAGAGGAAGCUGGCAAGCGAUGAAGCGGAAGCAGGACAACACGUAAACCGAAACCGGCCGUGGCCCAACGGUCAACGACAUAAGGAGCCAGUGGCUUCUACAUUUAUAUGAGACAAGAAGAAGAAGCAAAAAGAUCAGCAUUCAAGCGGUUCUUCAUCGUUUUGGCAACCCGUUCACUGUGGGUUGACUAGACCGUGGGCAGCCAAGGAUAAGAUCCGCAGAGCCUGGUAGCACACUCGUAGCACACAAGACCCUUUCCUCAUCCUCAUUAAUAGUUUAAAUGUUACUAAAUCAUCAUUUUCUGUGGCGAAAGACACCUUCAUCGUGGCCCGUUGGGGGAUCGAACGCACAUUUCCUGCCUGUGCGAGACACCGAUGUUCACGCUUCAUCCUACAAAGACCUUUUUGUUACAGGACGGUUCCCGUAAUGCGACUCUUAAACCUUGGACGGAACCUUUUGCGGAGCAUGAAUUUCAGUUUUAAAGUGUGCUUAUCAAAAUGAUGACUAUAGUUUAAUAUAUUACUCGUUGGAAUUGUAAGUCUAUUAUCAUAAUAACAGGAAAUAAAAUUAGCAACUAUUAUA